AUGCCGAGCCAACAUUACGUGGGCGUGGAAGUCGCACGCGAGGCAGCAGAGUUCUACUACUCCCAACAGCACAUCAUCGCCAAAUUCCAAACUCUAAGAGAAACCCUCACUCGAGACAUCUUUCACCUGGGCGUUAAACCCUACAUGCACAUCCAAACACUACAUGUUCGCAUCAACAAUGACAAGAUCAGUGACUGUCUUGUGACUAAGGCAGGAGCAGACGGUCACGGCCGGCUCAUUGAGAACGCAGCCAUGGAACAAAGUGUAGCGCAGGAGAAAAGAAACCUUAAUGAUCUGUACCAGAAGCUGGAAGCGGGCUUUGCUCUUCUCCAGGCAAAGAGAGAGCCUUCGUCGCUGAAGCUCUGCAUCAUCAUCAAGAUGUCUGGAUACAACGACGAUUACUACGAGGAAACCCAGGAAGACGUUACUUCCAGGCGGGAUUACGAACGCAGGUUCAUGAAUGUGUUGGAAACAAUACGAAAGCCGGUGUAUGACAUGAUACACGCUGGGUGUAAUGUCGAAGUCAAAUUUGAGCCAGAACUGGAUGAAGGCUACGAGGACCGCUAUUGGGGCGAUGGCACUGACGGUGGCAUCGAAAGUGAUUCGGAUGAAGAUACCGAUGUCUAUAUGCGUCUGAAUCUGACACCGGCAUUAUUCCAUCUCAGCAAAGAGGAAUGGGAAAAGGUUCGUAGCUCUCCUAGGCGCACCCCACCACUCUCUCGUCGCCUCUACCAAACAACCCUUCCAAAACACUUCUACAAAAGCCACACUAACACCCACCCCCUUCCAGGAAAAAGCCACAAACAUCUACCUCCACGGCCGCUACAACCCAAAAGCACAUUACAAAUCCCACAUCCUCCUCCGCUACACCCGCAUCAACAAACACUACCAAAUGGACUUCGCCCGCAACCUGGCAGAGUACAGAGCGAGAUGGGGCUAUACAUCACUCGAGAAGCUGUUACAUGUUGGAAGAUAUAUCUAUGGGCCGGAAGAUGCCGGUGA